AUGGCGUCAGAGUUGAUAUCGACCAACACAUCAUUCAUACUUCUGGGCGACGACUCUAUCUCGGCUAGGCAAGUCAUGGCCAGAUGUCGCUCCGACGGGGUUGGAUCGGUGGCGGUGCAGGACGUCCUCAAGACGAAAGGUUUUGCCGCGCUGGCUUCUCUGAUCACGAACCGCCUGCAAGCUGACGGCAAAUACCCCUCUCGCCGGUGCAGCAGUGGUUUCCCCCCAUUUUCCAGGGGGCUCGGACGGUUCAACCAAAGCAGUAUCCUGCAGCCCAGCCGGCGCGUCCUGCCUACAGACAUGGCCAAUGCCAUCACCACAGUUGUCGACAUACACUCGAUGCUGCGAGCUCGUUUUCAUCAGGACAGGAGUACGGGGGUUGGGGAUCAAAGCAUCGUCCCGAGGGAAGAAGUCCCCGGGUUCUUUGAGACGCACCAUCCGCGAGGUACGGAGGAAAUGGCUCCCAUCAUGAAAGCAACUGAGAAGAGGAUCGACAUUCGCCAGGGCCCAGUUUUCAUCGCAGUCCUCCUCGAGAUGGAAGGAAAACAGGAUCUGCAUUUGACCGCUCACCACCUUGUGGUAGAUCUGGUGUCCUGGCGCAUAUCCUCUGGGAUCUGGGAGACUUCCCUCAAUGAUUGCCAGCAGCUGCAAAAGCCACCAUUGUCCUUCCAGGCUUGGCUCAAGAGCAGGAAUGGUGUACAAAAGCCUCCCUGCAGUUAUGAUAACGACACCGAAUUGGUCAAGGGGGAAGAAAAUUUUUCGGAGUUCGGGGGGCUGGGUCAGAGAAAAAUCACGUUUGGUGACGCCAUGUCCCGCCAGUUCCGACUGUCAAAGGGGACAACUGAGACGUUGCUAACGUCUUCGUCGUCAAACAACGCUUACCGCGUCGAACCAUAG